AUGCUAAACUAGAUUUCAUUUGAAGUAUUUGUUACACUGAUGUUUUACUGGUCUGAAAAGGCUAAAAAACAAAAUUUUUUAGAAACUAAUUAGAAAAUUCAAUAACUUUCAUUGCAUCAUGAUAUCAUUAAUAAGUUAAUUCCCUCUUCUAUGAUUAUACUUCAAUUUAAAUCAAAAUCAGAUUAUAAAAUACUGUAUGCAAAUCAGUCUUGUUUAGAGACAUUUAGAAUCAAAGAUAUCAGCUAACUUGAUGAAAUCCUAAGAAAUGUUACAGUUGAUAAAGAGUAUAGAGAGAAAAAAGAUAAAAUUGUUAGCGUUAUUGAAGAUUCUUACUUAUAACUUUUCAUACAAAAUAGUAUCAGUCUUCCUCAAAAAAGAAAAGAUAUUAUCAAAGAGGUAGAUAUAGUUGAUAUUUUAACUUCAGAUAAGCUAUUUCAUCACAAAGAUAUGUAUUUCAAUGCCAGAUACUCUCAUUGCUACUUUUAAAAUGAACUUUCUGCUCUCAUUUUUCUUUCUGAUGAAACUAUUCAGAGAAAAAAUGAGUAUUUAAAGUAAAUGAAUAUUUACAAGGACAAGUUACUAGCAAGAAUUUCUCAUGAUUUAAAAACACCUUUAAACUGUAUUUUAUCUAUCUCUUAAAAUUUUAAAAAUCACCUCAGCAACAUCUCAUCUUUCCAAAAUGAUAUGGAUAUAAUUUCUAAGAAUUCAUAACUGCUUAUGCACAUGAUCAAUGAUAUACUAGACUAUUCACAAAUUAAAAUGCAGAAGCUUAAGUUGAAUUGUUAAUAAUUUAAUGUUAGAAGAGCUAUCCUUGAUAUUUUUAGAUUAGUUUAAUAGCAAGCUGACUCAUAAAAUAUACAACUCAUUGCAGAAGUCAACAAUUCUUUAGAAAUAUUUAAUGACGAAAAUCGCUUCAAAUAAGUUAUCCUCAAUUUUAUCUAAAAUUCAAUCCAAUACACUCCUUCUGGAUUCAUUAAAGUAAAGUGUCAGCGAAUUGAUUUGACAAAUGAACUACAAGUUUCAAUAAUAGAUACAGGAAAAGGUAUGGAUUAAGAAACAAUAGAUAGGUUAUUUUGUAAAAUCGGAACAUUUAAUAAAACUCAUCUAAAUGUUGAUGGUGUUGGUCUAGGUUUAAUCAUGAGCAAAAAACUUAUAGGUUUUAUUGGGCAUAAAAGCAGUAUAUAAGUAGAGUCUAAACUUCUAUAAGGAUCUACAUUUACAUUUAGUAUUAGAUAGAAUUUAAAAUCAAAAUAAACAUCAAAUUUAAAAAUAGCUUAAACUAUGAUUUCUGUUUACUAGACAAGAGCUACUUAAAGCUUGAGUUCUAAUUAGCUAGAAAAAAAUGAUUCACCAUGCAACAUUUCUCCAACUAUAAAUAUUGAGCAGCAAUUUAACGAAGACCAAGAAAGUUUAGACAAUAAUAGUGAUUUAUAAAAUUAAAUAGACGAAAACUUAUCUCAAAUAUAAGCAAUGAAUGAAUUUAAAACAAACUCAUUCUAACCCAGUAUUAACGAAGAAACAAAAAAAUUAAAAGUAAUGAUAGUUGAUGAUAUUUAUUAUAACAUUAUUGCUCUAAAGGCCUACCUAAAAAACUUUACAAAUUUAGAAAUUUCAGAAUUUAUAUUUGCAGAAGAUGCUUUUCUUGAGAUUUAAAAGAAUUAAUACGAUAUAAUUUUCUCUGAUAUUUAAAUGCCAAUAAUGGAUGGUAUAGAAUUUAUCACAAAAGUUAGAUUGCUUAAAGAUAAGAUAAAAUAACCAAUAGUCUUUAUGAUAUCUGCUGAUAAUUAACAAGCUCACGAAGAGAGGUUAAGAGACCUUGAAAUCUAAUCAUUUAUUCAAAAACCUAUAUUGAACCAGCAAUCUUUUAACAAUCUAGUGAGUUCCUCACUCAUAAAAUUAUGA